AGUGCACCUUAUGUCUGCAGGCUGAAAAAUGAUAAAGGCUUAGACUGUAUUCUUUCACAUACGAGGGAUAAGCUGUACUAUUCACUGGAUACAUGGCACCAAUGGAUAAAAUAUACAAUUUGAGACACACCGCAGAGGUCGAAACUAUAUGCGAAAUGGCCGUAUUGUUUGCACUGAUGGCUACGAACUAUAUCAUCUACCAAACCAUUCUGAGAAAUUAUCAACGAUAUGGCAAUGUGGCUUGGAUUGAUUGUUUUGUAUAUACGAGGUCAUCUACGGAUGCUCCCGAUAGGUCCGACAAAUACGUCAACUCCGACUCCCUGGACUCUGAGGAGGAGUAUGUGUACGAGCCUUCAAAACACUUCAGGCCAUUCGUGCCAGCCCCAGUUUCCUCUUCGGAUUUUGGUGACAAACAGGUGUGGUUACUCAAGCACCCCAAGAACUUCAAGUUCAAAGUAUCCAAGUUACCCAUAAACUUCAAGACAUCCAAGAGCAAAUUGAGUCAGGGAAGCUCCUCUUAUGAUAUUGUGGAGCUGUCGAGUGACAACAUCGAUGGUGAAGAUGAAUAUAGCAAGUACCAGAUCUUCAUAAAUAAGCAGAAUGGAAAAUUCACUGGAUCAGAUUUGAAAAUCACAAAAUUCUAUAGCAUAAACGAGGUGGUGGAUAUCCCCGAAAUAGACUGGGAGGCUGUCAAGAAGCCUAGAACCGAUGUGCCUAAGGUGGAGAAUUUAAGAAUGAGACACUUUCCUACUGGGUACGAAGCUUCAGAUUUCGUUCAGGACACUGAUGUGAGGGUUCCGGCCACUUUGAAACUGGAGUCCAGCUCUAAGACCGAAAAGAAAGAGAAGAAAGAGAAGAAAGAGAAGAAACACAAAAAAGACAAGAAAGAGAAAAGAGAGAAGUGAGACAAUAUAAAGAAUGUUUAUGGCCAAGCCUACAGAGUACACAUUCAGUCAGGACCGAAAACACAGCAUUAUUACAUGUUCAUGCUUACAAUAACGAUAUUUACAAGUAAUAAACCCCAAUAUAAUCUACUU